AGUACAAACCUGGGUCACUACAGAUUCUUGGAUCCCAAAAACUGCAAGCAUUUUUCCUUAAAGUGUGUCACUAAGGUUGUCUUUCUAUUCUCUUGCACAAGCAUUCUUAUCAGUGACCUCAUACUAUAUAAUAGUCCUUCAUCUAUGCUUUUGAAGUUUUUGCUCUUGUCUGAUGAGACUUUUUUUUAUCUUUUUGGAUCUUAUCAUUAGGUAAUUUAGUGACAAGCUUAAUUGGGGAAAAGGGGGAAAGAUUUAUUCCCCUGAGUUUGCUAAUAUUCCUGUUGUCAUUUGGUAAAUGAGUUUUGGUGCUUAAAAACAUGUUGACUUCAGGCAUUUAACAAGGGCCACACACCCAUUUUCAGUGGCCAAAGCGGGCAUGGAUGGUAGGAUUCUAAGAGGAGCCAGAUGAAAGAUGUGGCCUCAUGGAUGAGCUGGUACAUGACUUAGCCUCAGCCUUGGAGCAGACAUCUGAACAGAAUAAGCUUGGUGAGCUGUGGGAAGAGAUGGCCUUGAGCCCUCGGCAGCAGAGGCGGCAGCUUCGCAAACGGAGAGGCAGGAAACGCCGUUCAGACUUCACCCACCUGGCAGAGCAUACCUGCUGCUACAGUGAGGCUUCUGAGUCCAGCCUGGAUGAGGCCGUUAAGGACUGUCGAGAAAUGGCCCCAGUCACCAAUUUUAGUGACUCUGAUGACACAAUGGUGGCCAAACGGCACCCAGCUCUCAACACCAUUGUUAAGAGUAAGCAACAUUCUUGGCAUGAAUCUGACUCCUUUACUGAAAAUGCACCUUGUCGACCGCUCAGGCGCAGGCGGAAGGUGAAGCGAGUGACUUCAGAGGUGGCUGCCAGCCUUCAGCAGAAGCUCAAGGUGUCAGAUUGGAGCUAUGAGAGAGGGUGUAGGUUUAAGUCUGCUAAGAAGCAGCGUCUGUCACGCUGGAAGGAGAAUACUCCCUGGACGUCAUCAGGCCACGGAUUGUGUGAAUCAGCAGAAACUAGGACUUUUCUCAACAAAACAGGAAGGAAAGAAAGGAUGGAGUGUGAAGCAGAUGAACAAAAACAGGGCUCUGAUGAGAACAUGUCGGAAUGUGAAACCAGCAGUGUAUGUAGCAGCAGUGACACAGGGCUCUUUACCAACGAUGAAGGACGGCAAGGGGAUGAUGAGCAGAGUGAUUGGUUCUAUGAAGGAGAAUGUGUCCCAGGAUUCACUGUCCCUAAUCUUCUGCCCAAGUGGGCUCCUGAUCAUUGCCCUGAAGUAGAAAGAAUGGAUUCUGGACUGGAUAAACUUUCAGACUCCACAUUCCUUUUACCGUCUCGGCCAGCUCAACGAGGGUACCAUUCUCGCUUGAAUCGUCUGCCUGGAGCUGCUCGAUGUCUCAGAAAGGGGCGAAGGAGGCUUGUUGGGAAGGAGACCAGCAUAAGUACUUUGGGUACUGAGAGGAUAGGCCACAUCAUUAGUGACUCCCGGCAGAAAGAUGUCUGGUUACCAUCAGCUGGGAAAAGGGAACGAAAUCAGUUUAAUCCCCUCUCUCCCCUUUACUCCCUGGAUGUUCUUGCUGAUGCUUCUCACCGACGGUGUUCACCUGCACACUGCUCUGCCAGACAGGCAAGCUUACACUUGGGACCCCCAUGCUCACGUGAUAUCAAGAGGAAACGAAAGCCUGUGGCCACAGCAUCUCUGUCUAGCCCAAAUGCAGCAAUCUCAUCAGUUCCUGUGGAUGUGAUGGAGCCAACCACACCAGCGCCACAGGCCCCGAAAUCUCCCAACACUGAGUGGCUGGUCAGGACCUCUGCCCCAGAGAAAGCCGCCGGUUCAGCUGCAGCCACAUUUUUUAAGAUGCCACAAGAAAAGAGCCCUGGAUGCAGCUAGAGAGCAGUAGUUCGCCCACCAGGAGCCAGCGGGUGUUGUGAAACAAAUAUUAGAUUUUGUGUUAUAUAGUCUUGCAUAUUUCAAUUGAUAUUCCCAGUCUGUUUAUCACUAGGACUGGCUCCUUCCUCUUCAAACAAAGCAGUGGACUCUUUCUCUUAGAAAAUCAUAUUGUGGAAAUGUGUGUCUUUUUUAAAAAGUAAAGUAUUGGGGCAGCAGUUGUUUUAAAAAGUCAUCCUAUGCUAUAUUUGUUAUUGCUAUUGCUGUCUCAGCAGUUACCUACAGCUCCAUUUACAGAGCUGUUGCUUUUUUGCAGGUGUGUCUUUUUUUUUUUCUUGAACAACUAGUAACUUCUUUGCAUACUUCUUGUGUAGAGCUUUUAAUACCACUUGAGGAAGUUCCCAAUUUGCAGGCAGUUCCAGUCACAUUUAAACACUGAGUUAAGAUCUGUGUGUGGAAUUGUGCUUGCAGUAGGUAAGGCUUGCCUUUCAGCCUGGCCUUGCUUUACUCACAGUGCCAAUCAGAUAAAUCCACCUAGGUCUCAGUUUGGCGCCUCAGAAGCGACACCAGCAGCAGGGAUUGGGGACUCCUUCCAGUCUCCUAGAUGCCCAUGGGAUCACCGGCAGCUGCUUUGUACUUUGCCUCAUCUCCAAAGUUGGUGUUCUAUGGAAAGAGGACAUUUUACACACACACACACACACACACACACACACACACACACACAGAGUGAGGUAAUGAAGAUGGUUCAACUGUACAGCAAACUUAGAAUAGUCAGUGGUUUGUGUCUUAAUACUUCAUGUUGCAGUGUAAGCCUUUACAUACUAAACGGGAUUUUAUUGUUAGUUUACAGGUCAAUAACCUGCAGCAGAUAUUCAUACUCUAUUAUAAUGGCUUCUUGGGGUUAUACUUUGGGGAGGAAAAAUGUCUUUUGACAUGCCUUUAUAUUUGCCAUGUGUAUGACAGCUAAGCUGCCUGUAGAGUUAUGUACACAUCCAUGCCUGAAGUUGAUGCUCUUUUGUCAAGAUGAGGAAUAAGUGACUGCCUAGAGCUGCUGGAGGAAGCCACCCUUUCUAAAGAAAAGAUUACCCAGCGUCUUGCAUUCAGGGCCCUGGUUGAUAGAAGGGUUCUUGCUUUUUACAAAUUUAGUACAUUUACUCUGAAAUACACAGACACUGGUCUCUAAGUGCCACUGCUCUGGCACUGUUCUAGGGGAUGCCCGCUCUUGCACCUGGACUUCUCUAUGCUUCAUUAGGUGCUGAGUGGAACAGAGCUUCCUCUCCCUGAGGGGCAGAUGAUGGCAGGCUGCUUUAUCGUGUUCCCCCUAAAAAUUACAGCUCUUGUCAGUGGUAGCUCCAGGAUUUCCUCAUCUGAGGGGUUGGUGUGAGUCUAGUUGAGGAGGGGACUUAAGCUAAGUUUAUGUGGCACUUUAUGUAAGAUUGACACCAUGUCAAUUGUCCCUAACAAGGAAUAGGGUGGAGGGAAGGUACAUGGAGAUUGUGGGGUAAGGAGCAGUGCUGAAGCCAACGCAGCAUCCCUGUUCUCAUGUGGUGGGGAGUGUACUGCCCCCUGCAGGCUGCACCCCAGCCAUGGAGAAGGUGGAAUGUCUGUUGAAUACAAUAUAGCACGACUGAAUUAUUUAGUGGUGAAAGUGGGUCUUAUUGUCAUAGGUGCAUUCUUACCUAGUUGUCCCCAUAGUGUCCCGAGGCACACACUUCUAACAUACUUUUUUGGAUUUGAGGGAGAAAUCCUUGGACAUAAUUUCAUUUUCUUUGCACUAAGCUUUGUGGCUCAUGCAGAGAUUGGUCCUGUGAGCAUAGCCUAGUAAGACCUUCAGGUAGAAUCUUUUCUUCAUGGCAUGUUGUCUGACAGUUCUCCUUUCUACCUGUAACUAAAAAGUAACAUAUAUACAACUUUACAUUUUAAACAUCUUUAUGAUGUAAAGGCAGGUGACUGCUGCCAUUUUACAGAGACAAGAGCAAUCACAGUUUAGUGAUUUGCUCAAAAUCACAUAAUCAAGCCAGUAUUAAAAUCCCAGACUUUCGGACUUUCUCUGCCCUGGGUUUUAAUCUCUUGUUUGUCAUUGAGAGACUUGAGUCGCUCUGAGACCCAUAUUUUUGAAAACAGUAUGUGAUGGGGUAGCCCACUUGGGUCCCCCUGCUUGUUCUCUCCCUGUGGCUGGCAGUUCUUUUAUCCCUCAAUAAAUUCUGUUUCCACCAAAAAAAUUAAUAAUACAAUAGAGAGAGAAAGAGAGAGAGGAAGCAGUAUGCCAUGAAUGUUUAUCAUCUUUCUUGGGCAUGCUUUUCUACAUAUUUCAAAUACCUUCAACAGGGAUCACCAAAAAAUGUCAUAUCUACCUAUAAUAAUUGGGGAAGAAAAUUAAUUGCCUAAGAAAAUAGCAAUUUAAGCACAUUAGUACUUUGCAACACAAGUUUUUAAAUUGUGUUCUUGUAAGCUGCUACAUGAGCCUGCUUACAGAAUUGCUAACUUAUUCUGGUUUUCUGUAUGAGUCAAUUUCAGAGGAACCUUAGAAACGAGUAUUUUGAACCUUAAAUUUUAAGUCUUUUUUAUAUAGCAAACUAUAUAAUGUCAUAAAUUAAGAAAAGUCUGUUAUCUUUUAACAAAAUAUAUAAUUUCAAAAUCAGGUUUUGUAGUUUGUUAAAAAAUAAUUCCUUUGAGGUUAAUCCUUGAGCUUACAUGUAUUUUAUCUGCUUGAAAGUAGUAACAGGCUGAGUUCCAUGUUCUUAUUUCAGGGUUCUGGAUUGUCCCAACUGUCUACACAUCUGCCUGUCUGAAUCCUAAUCCUGUGUAUUUUCCAAAUAGGCAAAACUCAAGACAUCAUCUACUACUGUCAUUCGUAAAAGUUAGUUUUGCUUAUGAGUUUAAGGGAAUUUAAGAUUAUUUUUCAGAUGCAGUAUUUUAAAGGAAACAACUUCAUUUGCAUCACAAUUCUUGUUGCUUUUUGAUAAGAACUGUUCAGAAGAGGAAAUUAGUAGCAGAUUAAAUGGUGCCAAAUUUGGGGACAGAUUAUGGUAUUUGAUGGUGUGUGCUUUUAACUUGAAUUCUUUAGAAAUCAAAUGCAUUGUUUUGCUGGGUUGUGAAACAGGCUGCAAACAAGGCCAGUUAGGCAGCAAAAUGACCAAAAGCUUAAAUAAAUCUAACCUGUGCUGCUUAUGGCAUCUUUGGUAACUAAAACUCCACACAUAGAACAGGGAAUGAAAUUCUUUAUGAGUCCCAAGUAGAUUAAUCUGACACAUCUUUGCAUUUUAGAAUCAGAAACACAGUUGAGACCACAGCAGUGGGAGUCUGACGCUGCAAAGGAAAGGGGCAGUUAUCACAGAAGUCGCUCAGAGAAGGGAGCUAGGCCGGCACUGGCACUGUUGACGUGCUUCUGAGCCAUAUGUGUUUUGUUCGCUGGGCUUUGUAAAAACAGCAUUAGGGGCCAUAGUCAGUAUUCUGUGUCUGGUGAGCUCUAUCUGGGCUGGGAUGAGAGCAGCGUGGCUUACCCUGGCAGCUAUGAAUGUAGUCUAGUUAGGGGCAUGGCUUGCAGGACCUGUGUCAUGGUUCAGGGAUGGCAGGAGGGAUGAUAGAAGCGGUUUGCGCUUGCUGUCAGCUGCUUCCUUUGCUAAUGCUCGAGCUGUCCAUUUUACUUAUCAGUAUUUCCUUAUCUCCCACUCCAGUCUUGACAGUGGAGUUACUGAUGGUGGCAGCAAUCAAGAGGGGAUCCUACCCAAUGAGACACUGGUAAAGAGGGAAGAGGUGAGGAAAGUGGUGGGUUCCUCUAUUAGCACCAACACACAGUGGCCCAGAGGUGCUUUCGCUUAUGUUAAAACAGAUGAAUGUCAAAUGCCUGGGAGCAGCAGCAUUGAACAGUACCAAGGAAAAGGAGUGAUAUUGCUCAGAAGUGUGGAUUAUAAGGUUUUUAACAAGCCCAGCAAAACAAACGUGACUAAGAAGAAAAUUUCCUGCCACUAUCUAUAGACAGGCACUUGGUGAAAUUGCCAAAUUUGGGGAUAAAAAAAACUUAAAAGCACAGUAUUGAAGAGUGGGGCAUGUCCUAAGGAUGUUCACCAUGGAGCAGUCUUGGCAAGGUCCGAAGUGAGAAGGCGAGGGGAAGGGGGGUAGGUGCUUACGGUAGUGUGCUGGCCUGCCUGGACCAACAGCAUCAGCUCAGUCUCCCCCACUAAAUCUGAAACAGGGUGGGAACAGCAACCUUUUACAAGCUCUCCAGGGGACUCUGGUGCAGGUUGGUGUUUGAGAGCCACACGAUUUGCCAGUUAAAAACUUAAUAUUCUGGUAACCUCCUGAGCUCUGAGGUAUUCUUAUAUUACUCUCCAUAAGAAGAGAGAUGUUGCCCUGGCCGGGUAGUUCAGGUUUUUGGAGUGUUGUACCUUACUGGCGGGUUUGUUUCCGGGUCAAGGGCAUCAAAACUCUAGAAAUCAAUUCUAUUUCUAAGAAUUGGCUAGCCCUGGCAGGAGCAGUCUCUCCCCAGCCAGAAAGGUUUCUUAAGAUGUCAAAACAUCAUACCCAGGUUGAGGGUUUGAUCCCUGGUUGGGGCAUGUACAGGAGGCAACCAAUUAAUGUUUCUCUCUCCCUCUCUAAAAUCAAUAACAGAAACAUCCUCAGGUGAGGAUUUAAAAAGUAAUGAGAUUUUUUUGUAUGUGAUAUUUUGCAGCCACUGUUAAUGUCUUUUUUCCCAUACCCUUUCCCUCAAGCUCCUGAAAAAUCACCUGGAAAUAUUGAGAAAGGAUAAUGUGGAGAAAAAUGCCAUCAAGGCCAAAUUUAGAUGGAUGGAAACAAUGUUUUAAAAUAUAAGUGGAUUAAAAUAUAACCAUGAAUUUUUA